AUGGCUGCCUGCACAAAGUUUGUUAGAAGCGUUUUAGACAAUAGCUUGAAAAACAAAGGACACGAUUGGUCUGUCUAUGGUGCACUUAAUGGCGCACACUCCGUCGUCAGCGCUACACCUGGAUACGUGCAUCUUAAAUUCCACGUCGAUAAGCACAACUUGAAUCGACAGGGUACACUGAACGGCGGAUGUAUUUCCAGCUUGAUAGAUAGCGCUGGUAGUCUCGCAGUAUCUAGCCACGGUUUGUUCUUUACCGGCGUUUCGACUGACAUCACUACAACAUUUGUUAAACCGAUACCGUAUAACGAGGUGGUCGAUAUAUUCGCUAGGACGGCCAGUAUGGGCAGAACAAUGGCCUUUACUAGAGUUGACUUUUGCAGCCCAGAGAGUGGGAAAUUGUUAGCUUACGGUAGCCACACAAAAUAUAUAGCAAAUAGUCAAGGCAAAGAUGGAAAUGUUACAUUCAGCAACGACGGAGAGAAUAUUUUGUAGAAAUUGAUAAUGAUGUAUUGAAUGGUAUAACACACCGCAUAGCCCUCUAGUCUUUCCUCAACCUGUCUAAUCUCGCUUGUAAGCUAUCCUCAUCUGUUUUAUCAGCUGGAGCAGGGUUGUUGGAGCCACCAGAAGGACCACUUGGGAGUCCCUCAGCAAGCGGGAGCUUAUCGGGUUGCUUUUGGCUCGUCUGUGCAAGGGUAUCAGGCGUAUCAGCGAGUUGCUGGUUUAGCGUCACACCAAUCUCAUCAAGCACUUGUCCAACAAUCUUCUCUUCCUCUUCUUCGCCCUGGUCAUCCUCCAUCACAUCGUCUACGGCAUCUGACAUCAUUUCUUCUUUCAUGUCCAUCGAGGAGGAUUCACGCUCGAAUUCGUUCAUUAUACGCGUAAUUUGGGGUAAAUUAAGGCUUCUGUUCAUCAUAGCCAUGCUCUAUGGCGUGUUAGAAGGUGGUAUCACCCGGCAAAGAACAUACCUUGGUGGCUCCCCGCAUUGCUUCUGACAUCUGUUGAUUCGAUCU